AUUGCAUCAGGAAUGACCUCACAGGCUGUGUGACUACAAAUGAUGAAUGAUUGAAGCUGGUAGUGCUCUCUGCUUCCCGCCCCUGCCCGGCUUAGUGUGCUGCUUCACAGGAUUUGAUUUUUCAACAGCAGGGAUGGUGACCUACAACCUCAGCAGAAUAAUGCGCCCAGAUGAUGCCAACAUCGCAGGGAAUGUCCAUGGAGGGACCAUUUUGAAAAUGAUUGAAGAGGCCGGGGCUAUCAUCAGUACCCGGCACUGUAACAGCCACAAAGGAGAGAGCUGUGUAGCUGCCCUGGCCCGAGUGGAGCGCACAGACUUCUUGUCACCCAUGUGCAUCGGCGAGGUGGCCCAUGUGAGUGCCGAGAUCACCUACACCUCGAAGCAUUCAGUGGAGGUCCAGGUUAACGUGAUGUCUGAAAACAUUCUCACAGGUACUAAGAGGAUGACUAAUAAGGCAACUCUCUGGUAUGUGCCCCUUUCACUGAAGAAUGUGGACAAAGUGGUUGAAGUUCCUCCCUUUGAGUACACCCGAAAGGAGCAAGAGGAAGAGGGGAAAAAGCGAUAUCAAGCUCAAAAGAUGGACCGUAUGGAAACCAAACAUAAAAAUGGAGACAUUAUACAGCCAAUUAUCAACCCAGAUAGGCAGACUAAAGAACCAUACACUGUCAGCUACAGCCAGUCCAGCUUGAUCCAUCUGGUGGGACCAUCCGAUUGUACUCUACAUGGCUUUGUGCAUGGAGGUGUCACCAUGAAGUUAAUGGAUGAGGUAGCUGGAAUUGUGGCUGCUCGCCACUGCAAGACCAACAUUGUUACAGCUUCUGUGGAUGCCAUUAACUUUCAUGACAAGAUCAAAAAAGGUUGCGUCAUUACUAUAUCUGGACGCAUGACCUUCACUAGCAAUAAAUCCAUGGAGAUUGAAGUGUUGGUGGAUGCUGAUCCGGUUGUUGAUGAUUCCCAACAGAGAUAUCGAGCUGCCAGUGCAUUCUUUACUUACGUAUCUCUGAGUAAAGAAGGAAAACCCCUUAUUGUACCUCAGCUGUUGGCAGAAACCGAAGAUGAGAAAAGGCGUUUUGAAGAGGGCAAGGGGAGAUACCUGCAGAUGAAAGCUAAACGUCAGGGUCAGAUGCAGUCUGCCCCUCAAGAGUGACCCUCUUCUGGGCGGCGGAGCACCUGGGGCAGAUGCCGUUGGGAGGAGUCAGUCCACUUAGAAAUAACUCACUUGGCCAAAAACUUCAACUCACAUUGAAAAUUGGUGUUCUGUGAAGUAUUCGUAACAUGGUGUUGUUCUACAGUAUAUCUUGAUCAUGUACACCAAAGCUUAUUUAUACAGUAUUACUCCAGUAGAAGUGCUACAUACACAAUAUUGCUUCAAGCUGUCUUGAAGCAUUCCAUUCAAAACGUAGAGAAAGCUUCUGGGUACUCGUAUGGUAUUUAAAGACUAAGGUGACAUUAAUAAAGCUGUUCUCUGGCUGGA